GGUACUUACUGUGGACAGCAUCCUAUCGCAGUUUCACCAAGGACCAGAUUGAAUUCAAUGUCCCAGUCGGCCCGCCCGCCGUGCUGAGCCGUACAGGCCGCCGUGUAGCCUGCUGGACAGGCUAGUCCAGGCGAGUAGAAACCCCAACCUGCGAACGGAUGCUGUGGCGUUCCCGCGCGUGCCGUUGCCGGCGGUCAGCGGCCCAAGUAAUCAUGUGGUUGCCCACCUCCGCUGUCGUCGACGCAUCGUUGGCCUCUGUAGCCUUUGGUGCAGGUCGCGCAAUUCAGGACAUGCACGGUGCAGCUCGCUGGCAUGGACCAUGCUGUUGUGAUGGGGCCGAGCAAAGUCCCCGCGAGGCCGGUAAAAUCUCCCAUGGUUUGCAGGCAGGACAACAGAGGGACGAAAAUAAGAGAUGUGUUAGAUUCAUCACGCGUCUGGGGUCUGUUGGAUAAGUACCUGUAGCUUUGCCUGGGAAAUUUAGUGUUUUUG